GAAAGUCUCUGUUGCACUUCGCCGCAAGUCAGGAUGUCUCAAGAAGCCAAGAUGAAGGAAGCCGCCAAGGCAAAGGUGCAGGAAUCGACGGACCCCCUUGAGAAGCUGAGGAACCACUGCCUCUCCCAAGGUUAUUCGGGCAUUCUAUCCCUCGGGAGGCUGUUCCGUCGACUGGACAAGGACCGCUCAUGGACACUGUCGAAGGACGAACUGAGCAAAGGAGUGGCUCAGUUCGGCCUCGACUUCUCUGAGGGCGACGUCACCAAGCUCUUUGCCGCUUUCGAGAAGGACGGGCAGUCGGGCAUCAACUACGAGGAGUUCCUGGAUGCCCUUAGGCCGACCAUGUCCGCCCCUCGAAAGGACGCUGUGGAGGCCGUCUUCAAGCACCUGGACAAGACCGGCGACGGCGUGGUGACUCUGGCGGACCUGAAGGGCGUGUACUCGGCCAAGAACCACCCGAAGGUCCUCAAGAAGGAGGCCACAGAGGAGGAGCUGCUCACCAAGUUCCUCAACAUGUUCGAGAGUAACUCCUCCGUCGAUGGGAAGGUAACCAAGAAGGAGUUCACCGACUACUAUUCAGGGCUUAGCAAGGCUAUUGAUGACGAUGACUACUUCGUCUCAGUCGUCAAGAUGAGCUGGGGCCUGUAAACACAUCGCUGGCCUGUAAAGUCAUCUACAGUGCCUUUAGU